UCCGUAUCACAAUUGUCUUAUCACAUUAUUAUUUUGUUUUUUCUUCUCCAAGUUUCGAAAGAAUUUUUCAUUCGAUUCAUUCAUCAUAGAUUGUGAUUUGCUAAAUUUCAUUUCAAAAAAUUUAUUACUUGUGAGAUGAGUUUUCUAGGGAAAAUCGUGUUAAUCAGUGGAUCGUCAUCAGGUAUCGGUGCUGCGACUGCAUUUCGUUUAUCGAAACAAGGAGCAACUUUGGUUUUAUCCGGUCGUAAUUUGGAGAAUUUAAAGGCCGUUGCAAAAGAUGUUGGUGCAGACAAAGCGUUUAUUGUUCCCGGUGAUUUGACACAAGAAGCGGAUACUGAAAACCUUUUGAAAAAAGCGAUUGAUAAAUAUGGCAAGCUUGACGUUCUAAUCAAUAAUGCUGGUAUUUUAGAGACGGGUUCCAUUGAAACUACAUCACUUCAGCAAUUUGAUCGAGUCAUGAAUAGCAACAUACGUUCAAUUUAUCAUUUAACCAUGUUGGCAGUUCCGUGGCUUAUCAAAAGUCAAGGAAAUAUAGUAAAUGUAUCGAGCGUAAAUGGUAUACGAUCUUUUCCUGGCGUACUUGCAUAUAACAUUUCAAAAAGUGCUGUCGAUCAGUUCACACGAUGUGUGGCUCUUGAGCUUGCCACAAAAAACGUACGUUGCAACAGUGUUUGUCCAGGAGUUACGAUCACAAAUUUACACAAACGGGGAGGAAUGAACGAUGAAGCGUACGCCAAGUUUUUGGAGCAUUCCAAAACAACACAUGCAUUAGGACGGGCUGGUCUAGCCGAUGAAAUUGCCGAUGCCAUUGUAUUUUUGGCAAGUGAAAAUGCUUCAUUUAUUACCGGAAUCAAUUUACCAGUGGACGGUGGACGCCAUGCUAUGUGUCCAAGAUAAGUUUACAAGAAAAAUGUUUACACGAGCAACAAAAAUUGACAUGAUUUUCAGGGAUGUUACGUCGUACCUUUUUGACAUGUCGAAAACCUAUGGUAGACUACAUGAGCAAAAUCAAGUGGUCUACAUCAAUUUGUCGAAAACAAAAAAAACAGCAAUUAAACAAAUAAAUGUAAACAAACAUGGAUUUUAAAUAGAAAAAUACAAAAAAUUUGGAUUUA